CGUUUGAUGCCCAGUUAUGAACUAAACGGUGUAUAUAUACACACACAGCACGCCCUUUGCAAGGAUACCGGCGCCGAUUCUUGGGGAAAAUACAAUAACUUCUCACACAAAAAAAAACACCUAUAGUUUUUGGAACUAGAGAGAAGAGAACCCCCCCCCCACAGAUUUCCGCACUUGCAGUUGCGAGCAGCAGAAGUUCGGCGAAGAGAGUUAAAGGGGCCGCAAGUUGCACAGAAGGCGGAGUCACGGUUUUCAGUCUUUUCGGUUUAUAUUUAAAAAUCAUAGGGCACCGCAGAUGACAAGUGAAAGUUUUUUUCUCGCCCUCCCACUGAUAUUUUUCACGGACUCGCAGAAGUGAGCGGAUGGUGAAGUUUGGAGGAGUUCGCUGUUUCGGAUAAUUAAAGAACCGUUAUCAGGAGAGGAGUUGCAGACUGAAGAAAGGUUGCACGGCUCAUCUCCGCCCGGAUCACAGUGUCAGGACGCUCGCUGUGCUUUAUGUCUUGAAGAGUUGGACAGCACCCCAUCUGCACUGACUUGGCUUGGACGUGUGCAGGCUGUUCCAAGCUGCGCGCCUCACACAAUGGCGGGAUUGUACAACUCCACCUUGAAGACGCUGGAAGAUCUGACAUUGGACUCGGGUUAUGGGGCAGGGGAUUCUUGCAGAUCUCUCAGCCUCUCCUCCAGGUCGAACUCUCAAGCCUUCCAAGCAGCCCACAACAGAGGGAACUGGUGGUAUCUUUCUGGCUCCAUGAAUAGCCGUAAUAACAGUUGGGAUACCGUCAACACAGUGCUGCCGGAGGACCCGGAGAUCAACGACAUCUUCUUUAAAUGCCCCCGGCUCCCGGAGCUGGAGGAAUUCCCAUGGAGCGACGACGACAUUGGACAGAUUCUGAAGAAAGGGAGACCAGGAGAGUGUGGAAAACUCUUCUCUCAGGAUGCUAUCAGGAAAUUGUCCUUCUUGUUGAGGAGAGCUUUGAUCAGGAUCUCACGGGAGGCGCAGCGACUGAGUGUCGUGCACUGCAAGUGCACCAAAUUCGAGGUCCAGAGCGCCAUCAGACUAGUCCUGUCCUGGUCCCUGUCCGAAAGCUGCAUCUCUGCCUCAGUUAAAGCCCUCUCCCUGUACAACAUGAGCGCCGGCGAUAGGCUGAGGAAAAGCAAGAGCUCCAGGUGUGGCCUUACUUUCUCAGUGGGACGCUUCUUUAGAUGGAUGGUGGACACAAGAGUUUCAGUCCGCAUCCAUGAGUAUGCUGCUAUCUCUUUGGCUGCCUGCAUGGAGAGUCUGCUGGAAGAGAUUGGGAUCAGAGUAGCAGCCGGGCAUGGUUCCGAAGGAGGAAGCGGAGGCAUGCAUGACAGCAGGCAUGAGUUGUUGACUGAAAUGCUGGAGAUGUGCAUCAACAAUGACGCUGAACUUUGGGGAGUCCUGCAGCCAUAUGAACAUCUUAUCUGUGGCAAGAAUGCAAAUGGUGUGCUUUCUCUGCCGGCCCACUUUAGCUUGUACAACAAUGGACCAUCAACCAAGGAUGGGCGGGCUGAUGCUUAUGCUCAGUUGGAACUCCGGACCCUGGAGCAGUCACUACUGGCAACGUGUGUCGGGAGCAUUUCAGAGCUGAGUGAUCUUGUGUCUCGAGCCAUGCACCAUCUGCAGUGCUCAACCAGCCUGUCCCCAGGAAUGAGUCCAUGUCGUCAUGGCAGGCAGCAGCCUGUCACCUGGUCUCCCGACGGCCUGCACACACUUUACUACUUCCUGCGGUGUCCACAGAUGGAAUCGAUGGAGAAUCCCAACCUGGAUCCACCUAGAGUCUCCCUAAAUAAUGAAAGGCCCUUCAUGUUGCUGCCUCCAUUGAUGGAGUGGAUGAGAGUAGCUAUCACACACGCUGAACACCGACGCAGUCCAACAGUCGAUAGUGAUGAUGUGAGGCAGACUGCCCGUUUGCUGCUCCCGGGGCUGGAUUGUGAACCACGUCAACUGAAAACCGAGGACUGUUUCAGCUCAUUUCGAAGACUGGAUGCAAAAGCUGCCACGGCCAAGUUUCAGCAAGACCUCGGGUUUCGCAUGUUGAGCUGCGGCAGAACAGAUCUGGUGAAUCAGGCCAUAGAACUUUUGGGAAUCGAUGGUGUCAACACCAUGGAUAACCAGGGGAUGACACCACUUAUGUACGCCUGUGCUGCAGGUGAUGAAGCCAUGGUCCAGAUGUUAAUAGACGCUGCUGCAAACUUGGAUCUUUCACUUCCCGGGAACACUCAGAGAUGUCCUUCAGUGCACCCAGACAGUAGACGCUGGACAGCCCUCACCUUUGCUGUACUGCACGGACAUAUCCCCGUCGUUCAGCUGCUGCUUGAUGCUGGGGCAAAUGUGGAAGGUGCCCUCAUUAAUUCCGGGGAAGAUAAUUGUGCCGAGACACCACUUCAGCUGGCUUCAGCAGCAGGUAACUAUGAGUUGGUUAGCUUGCUGCUGAGUAGAGGAGCGGAUCCUUUACUGAAUGUAUUUGAAACAAAUGGGAUGACAUCCGUGCUGCACGAGGACAUGAACUGCUUUAGCCACGCGGCUGCCCAUGGACACAGGAAUGUGUUGCGGAAGUUGCUUACACCACCUCAAGCUCCAAAAACAGAUGUGCUUUCUUUGGAAGAAAUGUUAGCCGAGGGUGUUGAGAGUGAUAUCUCAAGCAAUGGAAGUAUAAAUGAAGGACAAGUAAAACUCUGCAAAGCCAGAAUGAAGGCUUUACAAGAAGCAAUGUAUUACAGUGCUGAACAUGGCUAUCUUGAUGUUACCAUGGAACUGAGGAACCUUGGUGUUCCCUGGAAAUUACAUAUGUGGAUUGAAUCUCUGAGGACGUCGUAUUAUCAAUGUAGAUAUCCUGUAAUGCAGUACCUGUUGCGUGAAUUCACUACUAUCAAAGAGGAGGACUACAAUGAAGAGCUGAUUCAAGAGGGACUUCCACUGAUGUUUGAUAUGCUUAGGGUUAGCAAGAAUGAUGCAGUUAAUCAGCAGUUAACCUCAAUCUUUACACACUGUUAUGGCAACGGUCCUAUUCCUAGCAUCCCUGAGAUAAAGAGAACCCCGCCUGCUCGAUUAGAUCCUCACUUUCUGAAUAAUAAAGAGAUGUCAGAUUUAACAUUCUUGGUGGAAGGAAAGCCAUUUUACGCACAUAAAGUUCUCCUAAUUACAGCCUCAAACAGGUUUAAAAUGCUGCUGACUAAUAAGACUUCUCUGGAAAACCCACCUUGCAAGUUUAUAGAGAUCAGUGAUAUUAAAUACCACGUUUUCCAGCUGAUGAUGCAGUACUUAUAUUACGGUGAUACCGACUCAAUAACCUUACCCAUUUCUGAUGUGCUGGAGCUACUGUCUGCAGCAAGCCUGUUUGAAUUAGAAACAUUGCAGAGACGAUGCGAGAUCAUCUGUGCCAAAAUUAUGAACUUGGAGAAUGCAGUCAUCAUUUAUUGCUAUGCUAAGAUCCAUAAAGCAUUUGAGCUACUUACUUACACUGAAAAUUAUUUCUUGAAAAACUUCAGUGCACUUCUCGAUCAGGAGUCUUUCAGGCAGCUAAUUUACGGACGCAACAGCAAACUGCAGAGCCUGGACCUCCUACAGUCUCUGGAUAUCGCAUUAACGAAUAGAAUGAGGUCAAUUUACAUCACGUCAAGAGUAUAAGAAAAAAAUCCGCAACUGGAAGAGCAUUAUGUACAUUACCAGAAGCUCCAUGUGGGCUAUCCCAUUCCAAUGAUUUUCUUACCUCAACUUUUUGAUAGUUGGUUCUUUGGUGAUAUGAGGAUCUACCACUGUAGAGGUAAAUGUGUUAUCUUUAAAGUAAACUCUAAUUUCAUGAUAGUCACCCAAAACCAAAUCAAGAAAUGUGAUGCUAACCUAAUUCUGUGAUUAGUGUUUACCCGUGGAAAUUUCCAAUAACUACAUUGGAGCAAUAGCGAGAGGCUACUUGAGCAACAGUUCUUUUGCUCGUGAACUGGGACCAAUCAGAACAGAUAUGCCAAUUCAUUAAAAUAUUAUUCUAUUCAGGCGUCUUUCCUUGAAGUUAAUAAGUUAAACAAAAUAGACUCCUCAACCAUACAGAGAUUACAAGCUCAAUGCACCUUGUGCACGGAACUACAUUUAUUUUAUUUAUGAGUAAAAGAUUUGUAGUAUUAUUAGUUCGGUGUAACUGAGUUUUAGUUUGCAUUAUGUAUGUAUGUGUCAAUCAUAGACUAAUAAUAAAAAUACCAUGAAUAAUAUUUCUAGAUAUGGGUGAAACUUCCACUGUGAUGACUGAAAUUAAUCUGGGUGCAUUUUGGGGUGCAAUGUUACUAUUUGUCAAUUUUCUUCACCAUUGUAAGAAACCAUUAUAAUAAACAGAUUGAUGUCCUUGUUAUAACAACACAUAAGACUUCUAUGCCAAGGUAUUAAUCUGUUUAUUAGAAAUAAUAAGGAAUUUCAGUUUUUAACUGUAUUCCUGCUUGGUACAUUAACAAGAUUUGCAGUUUUUAUAAGAAAUUAAACAUCAAAGGUACAUGUGCUGUACAUUACAAGGAGCUGUAUUCCUUAAAAUUAAUACAUUUUUUGGUUGACAUUAAACUCAACUGACCUGUUAAGACCAUACAAAGGGAAUUAGAGUCAAUGAAGGACUUUCGCUGAUCUGUAAAUGUUAUUAUUAUCUUUUAUGAGUCCAUGAAGGAUUAAUAAAAGAUAAUAAUAACAUUUACAGAUUAGCAAAAGUAUAUUAGUUUUGCACUAUUUCAGUGUGCUUAAUCAUUGCAGUUUCCCAUCUAAAUACAAUUAACAAAUGCUUUGUAGAAUACUGAUAAAAAGGUAGAAAUGAUAUUAUAUAUUCUGCCAGAAUUAUACAUUGUAAUAAUUCUUGAACUAAAACGUUUUCAAAGGCAGCAUAAAGAUGCAUAUAAAUACAACAGCUUUUGUAAAAAAAACUAGAUUUGAAGCCAUUCUAUUCAACCAGGAAAUGCACUGUUAAAUAUUAGCAAGCAAGCUUCCAAUAUACUAAAAUACCUUUUCAGGAUUUUACUCAUGUAGGUUGUGCAAUAACUAAAACAAAGCACAUUUUGUAAAUAUCAACAUAAAACAUACUUUUAAAAUUGUACUGAAGAUUAACCUCACCUUAUUAUUAAAUUCAAUGGUAGCUUCAAGCAUCAAGGUGCAAGAAAAGACACAGCAUGGCAUUAAAUAAUUCAAAAACAAAAUACUGCAAUUCAAAAAUUUGAUACUUGCAAUUUAAUCAUAUUUCAGUAUUAUGUUUUUUUACCGUACUCAUUAAAAUAUUGACUUUCAUAAAUUAAAACAGCGAAGGUACCUAGUUAUAGCAAGAGACACAUACCCACAAACUUGGUCCAAGCAUUACUUCAAGACUCCUUCCAUACAGGUGGAAAGUACCAAGGAGGUUUCCAAACAUGGAAUUAAGUAGCAAAGUCAGUCACAGUUUCAGAAACAGGACAAAGAAAAGCAAGUAGAGUUGUUGAGGUUUAGUAGAAAAUGAAGUCAAAGUUGGCAGUGGGUCAGUAGAUGACAAUGAUUAGUUUUUUUUUUAAUUGGAAAGUCAAAUAUUUACUUAGAUUAGUGUAGAACUGGUAAAAUACCAAUCUUCUCACUGCCUAAUUUGGGGAAAUGGCAUUGGAUGGUAUGGCAUUGGAUGUGGACAAUACAUCCCUUUUAAUGGAAACUUUAAUUUUCAGCUCAAGAUGCUGAGAAAAUGGUGCCAUAGCAGGCACACAAGUGUUUUUGUACUGUUGUCAAAAAUCUUCUAAAUAAAAAGUGGAACAACA